AUGGGUUUCAAAAGAACAAUUGGCCUCUUGUUAGGCAUCCUGCUGGCCCUCGACCAAGUCUCAGUGCUGGCUCAGCCCGGUCGUCCUACCUUUGCAAAACGUCCAGACAUCCAACCGAAUCCCAUCCAGCCGUACAAGGCAAUCCCCCUCCACUCUCGGCGUAAUUCCCACAAGGUAUGCUAUGUCAAGCCUAGCCUCAACGGGGGUGACGAUGCCGGGAGAGUCGAAGCUGCACUGCGACGGUGCAACAACGGCGGGACAAUUGUGCUCGACAAGGAGUACUCCAUCUGCACUCCUCUUGAUCUACGCUUCUUAAAGCAUGUGGACGUCGCCCUGACCGGAAAGGUCGAGUUCUGCCCCGAGCUGGAAUUCUGGCAGCAGAACGUGUUUCAAUUCCAUUUCCAGAAUGCCUCCUCCUGGUGGGUUUGGGGCGGCGAGGAUAUUCACCUCUACGGCGCGGGCACCGGUGUCAUCCAUGGGAACGGCCAGCCCUGGUGGGACGCGGCCGCAGGCAAUUCGAGCGUUAGACGCCCGUUGCUAUUUAUUACAGAUGGUUGGCACGGCGGUUCCAUUACCGGCCUGAAGCUGCGGCAGUCACCCAACUGGCACAACUUCAUCGCCAACAGCUCCGACCUUCUCAUCUCUGACAUGGAUAUCUUCUCGCGCUCAUCGUCGGAGGCCUGGGCAUCGAACUUGGACGGCUGGGACACGUUCCGCUCAGACAACGUGGUUAUUCAGAACUCUGUCAUCAAUCACGAUGACGACUGCGUCUCGUUCAAACCAAACAGCACCAAUAUUAUCGUCCAGGGCUUGCACUGUAACGGCUCCCACGGGAUCUCGGUUGGCUCGCUUGGAAACUACCCGUAUCAGUACGAUAUCGUCUCAGACCUGUACAUCUACAACAACACUAUGGCCAACACCACCACGGCAGCACGACUCAAGGUCUGGCCAGGCGCUGAGGCCGUCAAGAAAGGCAAUCCGCCCUGGGUCGGUGGGGGAGGCAAGGGAUACGUGCGCAACGUUACCUAUGACCUGAUGAUCAAUGAUAACAACGACCUCGCCAUUCAAAUUGACCAGUGCUACGGGGCCAUCAAUGCGAGCGAGUGCUUGGAUCACCCGUCCGGCGUCAUUCUGACCAACGUACUCUUCAAGAAUAUGUGGGGUACCUCAAAUGGUGCGAAUGAUCCCGUUGCUGGCCAGCUUAUCUGUGGUUCAGCGGAUUCCUGCGACAAUAUUCGAGCGGAGAAUGUCACCCUGACGAACUCCAGUGGGCAGCCGUCGGAGUGGCAGUGUAGAUACAUGGAUGAAGAGCUUCUGGAUCUUGGUGGCGUCGGUUGCAUCCCUGCAUGA